AUGGGAGUGCCAAGCCUCGUCGAGAGCGUAACUCAUAUGAAGAUGGGACUGCUUCACCGCCUAAGGACCUCCAGCGACCCGGCCGUCAGACACAUUGCAGUCGAAGGACUCUGGGGGAGGGAGGUGACAGCAAUGGCGCGGCACUUCGGGGUAGAGCACAUCAACGUCGACACCACACGCCAAAUGAAAAAGGAAAUUGGGGAGAAGAGGGACGAAUGGAGCCAAUCCUGGCAAGGCAAAGGGGCUGAUAACUUCUUUGGAAAGCAGGCCUGCAAUGGAAUCCUUAAAAACGAUCUCGGACAAGGAAGGAACCCGAUUGACCUGUUACGACUCCGGUCUCAAUACAUCUCGUGCCGAGUCUCGAGAGCCAUUAGCAGCGUGCCGAACGAGGAGCUCACCACGUUAACGUGUCGGCGCUGUGGAGAAGGGCAGGAAGACCUGAUGCACCUGUUGCAGUCAUGUCGGGCUGCUCAGAACCACAGAGUUUCAAGACACGAUGAGGUCCUCAAGAAGCUCGGCCAAUGGCUCGAAUACCAACUAGUCACACAUUCGUGA